GCUUUUUUUUGGACAAGCGAACACACAAAGUCUGUUAAAAGUUGUGUAUAUGGUCACAAUGAAGGUCUUCAUCUUCUUUCUUCUCCUGGGAAUUCAGGGGGCAGCGGCAGUGACCCACUCUCUGAAGUAUUUCUACACUGGAUCCUCUCAAGUCUCAAACUUCCCAGAGUUUGUGGCUCUUGGGAUGGUUGAUGAUGUUCAGAUUGAUUAUUUUGACAGUAACACGCAGAAAAAAGUGCCCAAACAGGACUGGAUGAAUGAUGCAGUAGAUCCACAGUACUGGGAGAGGGGGACUGCAAGCAGGAUGAGUAAGCAGCAGGUGUUCAAAGCCAACAUUGAGAUUGCAAAGCAGCGCUUCAACCAAACUGGAGGUGUCCACAUUUUUCAGCUCAUGUAUGGCUGUGAAUGGGAUGAUGAGACUAAGGAGCUCGGUGGGUAUUACCAGUUUGGCUAUGAUGGAGAAGAUUUCAUAUCCCUUGACCUUCCUACAACGCAUUGGACUGCUGCAAAACAACAGGCUGUCAUCACCAAACAGAAGUGGGACACUAACGGUUUUGCAGUAUCUGAGAAGAACUACGUCAGCACAAUUUGUCCUGACUGGCUAAAGAAGUACGUGAGCUACGGGAGUAGUUCUCUGAUGAGAACAGAACGUCCCUCAGUGUCUCUCCUCCAGAAGUCUUCCUCCUCUCCGGUCACCUGCCACGCUACAGGUUUCCAUCCUAACAGAGCCGAGAUGGUCUGGAAGAAAGAUGGAAUGGAGCUUCAUGAGGGUGUGGACAAAGGAGAGAUCAUCACUAACAAUGAUGGGACCUUCCAGAUGAGUGUGCACCUGGAUGUUUCAUCUAUCAAACCUGAAGACUGGAAAAAGUAUGACUGUGUGUUUCAGCUGUCUGGUAUGAACGAGGACAUCGUCACCAAACUGAACAAAUCAGACAUCAAGACCAAUGAAAAAAGUUACCUCAUCAUGAUCAUUGCCAUUGUUGUUGUGGUUGUUGUUCUCGCCGCUGUGAUUGGAAUCAUUGUCUACAAAAAGAAAACAAGCAGAUGCUCCCAGCCUCCUAUGAAGGAACCUGAGGUUGUGAAGCCUCUGAAUCCUCCAACUAAUGCCUAAAUGACAAACAACCUUCCAUCCAGUUUAUGGAGCUAUAUUGCACUCAAAAAGAGGCAUUGUCACUUGAUUCUCCUCCAUAAAGUGGGACUAAAUUCUUUAAUUCGUCAAACUGAAGACUUGGAAAUAAAUUUGCACUAGUUGCACUUACUUAUUCAUUCAUUACUUAAUUUUAAAUUACUUGAUUUUUUUAAAAGUUCAAAUUGGUAAUUAAAAGUAAUUAAAAUCAUUUGUAAUUUUAAUUACUGUACAUUUAGGGUAAAUAAAUUUAAACAUGAAUUGGCAGAUAUUUAACAAAUAUAACAGAGAUGGUGACCUUAUUUUGAUACUUCCCAAUUAGGAAGGUGGAUUACUUUGAUAAAUAUCACACCAAUGGAGGGAAGGACAACAUGUUUUAAAAAUCACAUGACAGCAGUCUGAAAUAUUUUUGUUUCUUGGAAAUAAAUAAUAAAUAAAUAUAUAUAUUUUUAGCUUAGUAUUCCUGGUGUUCGGGUAUACUGUAAAUCAAUAAAUUACUAAAUUACUGUUUAUAAAAAGUACAAAUGUAUUAAUACAGAUGUUUUCCCUUUACAUUCACAUGCUCUUAGAGUUUGGUAAUAUGAUCAUAUAUUUCUUUAGAUUUGUCAACAAACAGGACAAUUCUGCAAAUCAACAUUAUAAAACACAUUGUGGAAAUUAUAGAUUUUAAAUCACAUGAACUUGUCAGUGUAAAUUAUUCUUUAACUUUCUAAAUCUGAUGGUAAUCUGGGAAUGACUCCAGUCCUCUGCAGCUCUGAGUAAUCAGACAGGGAUUGGAUGGAUGGGCACUGAACUGUUAUAAUUAGCAGGAUUUGUCACUAAUGCUUUAGACACAUAUUUUCCAUUUGGUUUCUUCCACAUCUCUAAAUUAUUUUUUAACUUAAUUUUUUGAAAAUGUAUAUCAAGUAGAGGGAUAAAAUAACACCAAUGUUAGCCAUCCAUAAACACGUGCCCAAAGUCUUAGAUCACAGUGGAUUUCUAAAUUUUGUACAUAAACUGCUUCUUUAAAACUAUUUUGUGACCUAGGGUGAUUAUAAUUUAUGUCUUUGAGGUUAUUCUCAAAUAAAAAAGAUAAUUUUGUUGUUUCUUUUGUGUUUUUAGUCUAAAAAGUUUUGAUCUUCGGUUUGUUAUCUGAUUUAGUUUAAAUUGAGCUUCCAAUGGCUUGUGUGAUAUUUUCUUGAAAAUGCUUUCUGUUCAUAUUUAGGGAUUUUAAAGGGCUUUUUCUCUCUUAUGUAAACAUUUAGGAGUUAAACAGUGAUGUUCAGAUCACAUGUGGUGUUGGAAUUAUCACUUGUAAAAUUGUGUUGCUGUUUCAUUCUUUUUUAUACUUUUGCCUUUCAAUAAAGUCCCCAAUAAUCCAAA